AAAGUGAUUCGCUCAAUUGAUCUUACAUCGAUAACGAACGAAUCGAUAAUUAAAUUAUUUUUUUAUUGUGCGACACAACUCUGCUUGAUUUGCCAAAAAAAAAAAGCCGGUGAAAAAUUGCAAAGUCAGUGAAGAAUCGCGAAAAAAUGGAGCCCACGCUGGACAAUUACAAACUGAGCUGCGAAUUAUUAGGCCAUAGUUUGGAUGUGCGUGCCGUGGCAGCUGGAGCAAAUGCAGCCGGCGGUGGCCAAUUGGUUUUGUCUGGUUCACGCGAUAAAACCACAAAAAUCUGGAAGCCAAUCGGCAAUGAGUACAUCGAGAGCGUAACUCUGCAGGACCACAAAAACUUUAUAUCCUACAUAUAUUUCCUGGAGUCGGAGCAGUGGAUUUGCACGGCAAGCAAUGAUGCCACUAUUUGCAUCUAUCAGCAGGAUGCAUUUGUGCCGCUCCUGACUCUCAAGGGUCACGAGUCGACUGUCUGUGCCCUCUCUGCGGGCCUCAAGUCACGCAGUCUCAUCAGCGGCAGCUGGGAUAAAACCGCACGUGUGUGGAUCAUCAGUGAAACUGGAGAUGUGACGCACAUCUCGCUCCAGGGACACGAGGCGGCUGUUUGGGCAGUUGCCACAUUGCCCACACAGCAGAAAUAUGUCACUGGCGGCGCUGACAAGUGCAUCUACUAUUGGAAUGCACAGGGCGAGAAACUCCGUCUACUCAAAGGUCACACGGACUGUGUACGUGGCCUAAUCCCGUUGCCUGCCAAUUCGCUGCUUUCCUGCGGCAACGAUGCUGUGCUACGCUUCUGGAACGAGGAUGGUGAAUGUGUGCGUGAGCUGAGCGGCCAUACCAACUAUAUAUAUGCCCUGGCACGCAACAAGGCGCUCGGCGAGCAUGUGGUUGUCUCUUGUGGCGAGGACAGCACGCUGCGCAUGUGGAAUGUGAUUACGGGUGAGCAGCUCGGCGCUCCCAUUCUGCAUCCAGCGAUUUCCGUGUGGUCCGUGACUUGUCUGCUGAAUGGCGACAUUGUCACCGGCUGCAGCGAUGGCGUUGUCCGUGUGUUCACCCAGGAUCCGGCGCGUCAGGCAAAGGAGGGUCUUGCACAGGCCUUUAACAUGGCCGUUGCCACGCACAAAUCGCUACUCAGCGAGGAAAUUGGCGGCGUCAAGAAGACCGAUCUGCCUGGACCGGAGGCUUUGCUAGCGAAUGGCACACGCGAGGGUCAAACGAAAAUGGUGCGUGAAACGGACGGAUCCGUCAAGUGUUACAUGUGGGAGCUGGGCAAAUGGAGUCUGGUUGGCGAUGUCACUGGCGCCACGGGCGGCACACAGUCCAACUCCGGCAAGAAACUGCAUGAGGGCAAGGAGUACGAUUUUGUGUUUAAUGUCGAUAUAUCCGAUACGGAGCCGCCCAUUAAGUUGCCCUACAAUCGCGGCGAGGAUCCCUGGCAAGCUGCCCAAAGCUUUAUACAUCGCAAUAAUCUGCCGCAAGCAUAUCUCGAUCAAGUGGCCAAUUUCAUCGUGAAGAAUUCUCAAAGUGCACAAGCACCUGUAACCCAAGCUUCUGUUGGCUAUCAGGAUCCGUUUACGGGCGGUUCACGAUAUCUGCCCGGAUCUAGCAAUAUUAAUGUACAAAGCGGUGGCAACAUGGAUCCUUUUACAGGUGCCUCCAGCUACUCCACCACGAGCAAGCCCUCCAAUGUGGAUGUCAACUUUGUGCGGGGCAGCGAUAAGCACUUUCCAGUGAGCAGUUAUCGCACCUUUGACACUUGCGAUGCCAGCAAAGUGCUGGACAAGAUGAAGGAGUUUAACAAUAAACUGACGAACGCUGAGGGAAAAGUCGGCGAUGAGUUGCUGCACGCUGUCAUACGCAUGACAGACAAUUCACCUGAGCUGGACCCCACGGCCUUGGAGGCACUGAUGAUACUGCUGAAGUGGCCAGCCGGCAUGCUCUUCCCAGUGCUCGACGUACUCCGUCUUGCGGUGCGUCAUGAGGCCAUCUUCAGUCUGCUGCACAACAGUCACAAUUUCUUGAGCUACAUUGUGCCACAGUUGAGCGGUGCGGCGGCUAAUCAGCUCAUGGUUUGCCGUUGCCUGGCCAAUGCCUUGAGCCACAACGUGGGACGGCAACAGAUUGAGGCGCAGCUGCCACAGAUCAUUGAGCUCGUCAGUGGCAUACGAGCUGGCAGCCCAAAUUUGCAGAUAGCCAUUGCUACCUUUUAUUUGAAUGUAACCAUUGCACAGACCCAAGGCCAGGCCAGACCCGAGGUGUGCCAUGUGACCACAUCGGGUGUUGUGGAGCUGCUCAAGUGGGCCAAGGAUCUGGAGGCCUGGUAUCGUUCCAUGCAGGCCAUUGGCAAUUUAACGACAACACCUUGUGGCCAAGAGACUGUGGCUCAGGUUGUCUCCGUCGAUUAUGUUAUGGAUAAACUGCGUGAGCUGACAAAUACACCGCAGGAUGAGAACUUCACCAAGGUCAAUCUGGUGGGACAGGCGCUACUCGCUGCAUUCUGAAAUCAUCUCCUUCAGCAUGCAUUUAUUUUGAAAUUUUUGUAUUGGAGUGCGUCGUUUUGAGGGUUUUCUUAUUUAAUAAAUACAUUUUGCUUAGUCUAA